CAAAGAAAGUCCAAUAGCCUUGGAUUCUUACACAUUGGAAAAAAGAAAGGACAAAGAAUUGAAGAUAGAACCUUACCACAAAAAAAAAAAAAAAAGGCAAUUGAAAAUAGAACCAUUCCAUUUUUCAUUCAACCCACUGGGGGGAAAAAAAAAGGAAAAAGGAAAUAAAAAAGAACCGAUAGAUUUUUAAUCGAGCCCAACGCCCCACCAGUUACCGAACAAGAAUAAAGCGUAAAAAAGUGGCAUUACCUUGCGUAGCAAUAGAACAAGCUUGGUCGCAUCAUUCAUUUGUACUGUCAGAUAAUUAGCCGAUCGAUUUCGGGAAAAGCGAGACUGCCCUGCCCUGAGAGAUUUUCCAAUUAAUCUCUCUAACAGGGCGAUCACUGGGUAAUCGAUGUUUAUGGUGGGAAAAUUGCUGCGAUUCGGAUCAAUUGUGGCUUGGAUUCUUCAUAUGGUUGCAUGCAUGGGGUAUAUAACAGUGGUUGUCUUGGAAGUGCUACUGAGCCAAAACUAGAUUUGACAAUUCAUGACUCUCUUCAACAGCAGAAACCUCUAGCUGAAAUACAUUCAAGAAUAUCAAAAGCUAGCAUAUCUGAGAGUUUCCGGACAAACGGCAACUGUGACAUGGACGUGAGUGCUGUUCAGUCACAGGGAAGUGUAUCAUCAGUUAGUAGUUCAUUGACCAAUUCUCAUGGAGCUGGAAGUUCAAAUGCUUCCUAUGAAUUUGUAAAUCAUGGAAAGUUUAUCUUUGUUCCUUGCAAAAUAAUUUUAUCUUAUGUUGUUUUCUCAUUUACUUGUGCAACAGUGACCAAGCUAUUACAAAUGGUUUUAGUGAAUUUUUAAAUUCUGUUAGUCUGGUGGUAUUUGACUUUUUUCAUAAUCACUAACUUAUGUCUUGGAUGGACUUGAAUUGUGUUUGAAGAGCUUAUCCUCAUCCUUGUUUUCCUUCUUCCUCAUUUUUUUCCCCCUUUUGCAUUGACUUUACAUUGUUUUCCAAACAAAUCUUGGGUUUGAUCGUCUCUUUGCCAGUUUGCAAGUUUUCUAGCUAGAGGCUACUUUAGGUCUUACCUUUGGAGGUCCUUAUUAUAGGUCUUCUUCUUUGGAAUCAAACUAGACGGCAGUGGAUAGGCAGUAGAAAGCCCGAGAAACAGAUGCAGCAGCUGCGUGAGCCCAAGUUAAGGUACAAUCCUUCUAUAUUACGCAGUAUCAUUUAAUGGGUGCAUCACUUUGAGCUAAUGGUUUUUCAUGGAUUUUGGCCUUUUCCCUUUAUGUUAGGAAAAUGCGAAGCAAUGAAAUGUCGUACUUAGAUUUUAACUUGCAAAAGGCAAUACGUAGGUAUUGUUGUGCAGGCAUUUUUGAUUUUGUUUAUUUUGGAAAAAUAAAGCAGUGAAACAUAUUGCAGUUGUCUCAAUCUCGAUUACUUAAAUAUGUUUUCACAUGGUGGGGAAGGAAAUUGAUAUCUCUCUUCCUUUCUGAAGAUUGAUUAUAUGCCUAUUUUUCAACAUUUAUCGUCUAUAAAAGGUGACGCAUAACAAGAAUCUGAAGCUGGUAGGACAUAGAUUGCUGCUAACAUGCUUGACAUCCCUGAUGCAUAGAUUAUCCAUCCUUUAAGGUUAGGAUUACUGGGGUCCUUUUGAUUGGAGAACUUUUAAAUAGUUGUCUUGAAAUCAAAGUCAGAUGUUGAGGCCUGAAUGUUGGUUUCAAUGUCUGGAUAUUCACAGUUGGUUUGAUGCUUUCUCUUAGCUGAACUGAAGGUUGGUCAUUCAUGAGUUUUCUCUUGUAUUUUUCCCAGCACUUUGUGUCUCUGCAUCGCUAAAAAGUUUUGGCUUUGCAGUUGGAAUGCAACCUAUGAUAGUUUGCUUGGAAGCAACAAACCGUUUACCAAGCGUAUUCCUCUUGCCGAAAUGGUAGAUUUUCUUGUGGACGUAUGGGAGCAGGAAGGAAUGUAUGACUGAAUGGGCAAAAGUUGCAGGUCUUGAACAACAUGACCUGCCGUUGAGACGUCGAACUUCUCAGGUGUUUUACGAAGUGUGUUGUAAAUUAACCAUGUAAUCAUUUUGUAUGCGGUAGCCUAUUUACCAAGGCAAAUAUAAAAUAUGUUCUUGUACGUAUGAGGAUCCUGAUCAUGUAGAACUCACAUUGGUGCAAGUCUCUGUAGUGGAAGAAGUCGGUUGGCGCAUAUUAUAGCCAUUUUUGUUAUGCUCCAUCCAUCCUUCGAUUUCAUCAUGGCAUGCCUCACAUUUGAUUUGAAAGCAGUUCCACCAGCGGUGGGGACAUAUUUGCUGACCAUGGGGGUUUAAUAAGACGGUCAAAAUUUUUUUAUUGCGCCCAAACCACGUAGGUAUGGGCUGCGGAGCUUCUGUUUAAAGCGCGUUACAUAUCUCAAUAAUAUCUAAAGAGUAAAGACUCCUAAGGAGGUAGAAAGAGGGCAACUCUCGAUUAACAUACUUUCAAAAUCAAGGUCAUGUAUGCGAGGGAAACUGCAAGAAACUUCUCAUGCUAGAACUCUCGAGUAGGCCUCUGUAGCGUAUCUAACUUGUCUGACGUGUCACUCUCCUAGAAGCUCUUAGAGAUAUCUAAUGAGUAUUCCAGUAAGCUCCGAUUAAAUUCUUCCAUCUUCUUAAAUCCUCCUCGGUGCUGUCAAAACAUAGCGACGUAAGGUAAAAACGGAUAUAAUCUGCAAAAUUGGUCGUUUACAAGCUUAAAAGAAAAAUACUACUAGUAAAACAUCAGAGCUAAUUUAUGGCUUUGGCUCGUUUGGCUUUGAAAAAUUUGCAACAGAGAUGUUCUUUACCAUCAUAUCAGUGUGCCUCCGAAAGAACUGUAAACUCUGUCCAGAAACAGAGAUGGGGUUCUGAACUUCUUAGAAGGAUAUCAUCAGCCGCCGGCAAGGAGGACUCUGCUGGCCAGCAGGUGGCUGUUUCCGAGGGUGGCGAGAAAUCGAACAAGCUUUUCCCAAAGAAGAAGCAACGUAGAAGCCUGUGGAAAAAGGAGGACGAUGACUUCCCUCCUCCUCUCUGGGAAUUCUUCCCCUCGGGACUCGGAAAUGCUCUGGUGCAAGCAUCAGAGAACAUCAACAGGCUGCUUGGGAAUCUAUCACCUUCACGACUUCUGGGCAAAUUUAAAGAGCAAGACGAUUUGUACAAGCUGCGGCUUCCAGUGCCGGGGCUUGCCAAGGAGGAUGUAAAGGUGACUGUUGAUGAUGGAGUUCUGACAAUAAAGGGAGAGCGCAAGGAAGAGGAAGAAGGGACUGAUGAUGAUGAUGAUGAUCACUGGGCAAGCUUCUAUGGUUACUAUAAUACCAGUGUUUUACUGCCUGAUGAUGCAAAAGUUGAUGAAAUUAGAGCAGAGAUGAAAGAUGGGGUUCUUACGGUUAUCAUUCCGAGGACUGAGAGGCCUAAGAAAGACGUAAAAGAAAUCUCAGUGCACUGAGAUUAGGUGUUUUGAGUUCAACGGAUUGGGCGAGGGAGAAAGAUAUACUACUACUAUAUUAUUAGUAUUAUUUUUGCUUGCUUCUCAAAAACUUGAGGUUGGUUGGUUUGUUUGUUUGAGUGUUGACUCUUGAGAAAUAAUUUCUGCUGCCACUUUCCUUUAUGAACUUGAAGAGGUUUCGAGUCUCUCUGUAAAUUUAUAUGUGAGUAAUAAAAUGACCUUGUUUUGGUA